CACUGACACGAGUCUGUAAGGGCGCGGAAAAUCGCAGCUUUGGAGAUCGCGAACGAUCUGUUCAGAUUUCAUAAAAGAAACUGCACUUCGGCUCGGAUAUGUCGCUAAUUAACUUAAAAUCGAAAGACAUGUACGAUGAACCGAUCAAUUUGUGGAGGACCAAGCAACGAGUCCAUUAUCAUCACGAUGUGAUAUCGAAAGGAAAUGACAGUCACAGAUCCUCCGAUGCCUGCGAAUACAUAACCAUAAGUGCGCCAAAGAAGUCGGCCUCGUUCUCCAGAUCCCCGCCGAACUCGCUGCCCCCCUCGGUGCCCGGAACUCCGCGUCACUCGGUGGCCGCCACCUCGAAUCAGGUGAUCCGCUACGCCCGAACGUCCUGCGACCACUGUGGACACCACAGCAUCCCGGUCAUGUCGCCGCAUCCCAUCUCGCCGCUGGCCAAGUCCCAGACGAACCUCGAUCUCGUGGAGCACGCCAGUCAGCGGCAGGCCCUCCUCCCACUGCCCACCAUUCCGAUUCACCACGAGGACUCCGCCUGCACGCUGCAGGUGUCCCGGCGGCCAUCGCUGCUCCUCCAGGAGAUCCUCACCCAGCGGCCGCCGCUCUUCGGGCGAAAUAACGGCAACAUGUUCCUGUCGCCAAAGUCGGCCAAGAAUGGUAACCUGCAGGGAACAGCGAAUGGCAGUACAGCGAGCAUUAAUUUCCAGAGCGGCACCACAAGUGCCAGGAAUGGAUCGACGGCCUUUUUCGACAAUGGAGCCAGCAGUUUUCAGGCCAAGCAGCAGAAGGAAAAGAACAGGCGCACAGGCAACGAUGCCAUAAGCGCAGCGCUGUCGGCCACCUACUGCAAACUAUUAGUACUGCUCGGCGUUUGUCUGCCCAUCACAGAGGUCAUAUCCGACCAGAUCCCGACUUAUGUCUACCAGGGAUUCUACGUUUACCUUUAUGUGGGCAGCAUACUCUUUGUGAUCUUCCUGUACAUCAGUGCCUUCCGAAACCGAUCGCUCUUCAAUGCUCUCAAGGACUUUCAUGAAAAGAACAGCAAUGUGCAUCUGAAGCACAAGGUGACCCAUUUCGGCAGCUUUUACCUGAGAGUGGGAGCCAUCGCCUUCGCCAUCGGCACAAUGGUCUAUUCCGGCCUGGAGUUUGGUCAGUUCUUCGAGCUGAACGGCCAUCCUGGGUGUCGGGAUGUCUUCGUGGCCAUCACGCCCAUCUGCCGAAUGGUCCUGUGCAUCGCCCAGGUGCAGUUCAUCUUCCUGAACACCACCUACAUGGACAUGGCCCGGCACAAGGUGACCUCGCGCUUCGGCCUGAUGCACAUGGUGGCCACCAAUCUGUGCGAGUGGCUCUAUGUCCUGGUGGAGGAGACCAAGCACGAGAUUUUCCACAUCAGCCAGCACGAAGUGGAUCCGGCCCACGACCUGGUGAUCCACAAUGGCACAGCCACCAGGACUGAUUGGUCGGCGGUGAAUGAGUCACUGCACCAGCAUCAUCCCCUUCAUCCCGGCAACCUGCUAACGAAUGUGAGCUCCAUCAUUGCGAACGCCACUGUGGCUCCGGUGGUGCCCACGGCAGCGGCUCCCUUCAGCGGCUGCUCCCGCACCACCAUAAUGGGAGCUCUGGUCCAGCAGCUAUCACCCUUCCUGUUCCCCUGCACCAUCGAGUACUCCCUCAUCUGUGCCGUAAUCCUGUUCGAAAUGUGGAAGACCGUCAAGUCGAUUCCGGACAUCGACAAGACGCGCAAGAAUUCCGUUAAGCCCGUGGCCGCCAAGCCAGCCCAUCACUUCUCCGUGGACUGCUCGCAGUCGCAUAAGGGACUCUUUUUUGGCAUCAUGAUAAUUGUUAUGACCAUUAUCUCCAUGAUCAUGUACUUCGUGCUCUACACCCAGCCGGGCUACGAACUGGUGGCCACGCAGGAGGUCACUCUCUGGGAGACCUUCAUGUACUUUAUGUGCGCAGCGGCUGUGAUAACGGGCAUGAUCCUCAUGCGCGAUCUGCGUUACAUCAAGGACAACAGCGACGAGCACCACUCGAUGGACCUGGACAAUCUGCUGCUGAUCGUGGCCCAGACGGGGGUCUACUUGUACGGAAUGUUCAGCAUCCUGGGCAGCUACUUUGCCAAAUGGGACACGGUGCCGGAUCGCGUGGAGGGCAUUAUAGCGGAGGUGUUUGGGGUGGUGCAGACCUCGCUGCAGACCAUGUUCAUCCUGCACGCAAGCCAUCGGCGGUGCAAGGGGGCCAAGCAGGGAAGGAGAAAGCCGGGCAGGGAGAUCAUCACGUUCCUGCUGGUGGCCAACAUUGCCAUCUGGUUCGUGAACACCCUGAUCAAGGGACGGGCCGUCUUCCGGGAGACCCACCUGGAGUUCUUCGGCGUCUGGGGCUGGACGAUCAUCACCCACAUCUCCAUGCCGCUGGCCAUUUUCUACCGCUUCCACUCCACCAUUUGCCUCUUCGAAGUCUGGAAGAUCACCUACAAGGCCAAGGCGCAUUAGUUGGCUAAUACGAACGAACCUGUUGAUUAGUUUUCUCUAGCUUUCCCUCGACUAAGUUAAUUUAAAACUAAAGCGUCUUCUUAAUUUAUAUUUAAGUGCGAAAGUUGUUGACAUUGCUAGCACAAAAUAAAGAUUUAAUUUAUUCAA